AUGUCUGGUCGUCAUUCCGUAUACGUUGGAAACCUCCCCUACCAGACAACUGAGGAAGAAGUUGGAAACUACUUCAGCCAAGCCGGUAGCGUAACGAACGUCAAAGUGAGUCCACAGACCUCCUUUUUCGAUUUGUUUCGAUCAAUACAUAUACUUUGCACAUGCAGAAUCGUCUAUGAUCGUGAAACCGGUCGCACCAAAGGCUUCGGAUUUUGCGAGUUCUCCGAUGAGGCUGGAGCUCACAAUGCCGUCAACAGCCUGAAUGGAGCCGAUUUCAACGGACGUCAACUUCGUGUGAAUCACGCCAAUAAGAACUGA